AUGGCCUUGCGUGGGUCCCUGGAUGCAGAACGCCAGCCCCGGGCUCCUCAGCAGAUCUCCAUCCUGCUGCAUGUGCAUCAGUGGGCCCCGCUGUCCCCGGAGCACGCCCCAACCCUGCUCUCUCCCUGCAGAAUCUCCUACGACCCAGCGCGGUUCCCCCGCUACCUGCCCGAGGCCUACUGCCUGUGCCGCGGCUGCCUGACCGGGCUGUUCGGCGAGGAGGACCUGCGCUUCCGCAGCGCCCCGGUCUACAUGCCCGCCGCUGUGCUGCGCCGCACCCCGGCCUGCGUGGGCGGCCGCGCCGUCUACACCGAGCACUACGUCACCAUCGCGGUGGGCUGCACCUGCGUCCCCCAGCAGGACAAGGACGCGCACAGCAUCAACUCCAGCAUCGACAAGCAGGGUGCCAAGCUCCUGCUCGGCCCCAACGGCGAGCCGGCCCGCCCCUGAGGCCGUGUCGCGGGGCCCUGUCCCCGGAGUGCGUCUGCGGGGCCCGGGGCGGCUGUCGGCCCCGUGGGAAGAGAGCGAACUGAGACCCGGGCGGGAGCAGCAGGCGGGUCCCGAGGCUUACAGGCCGCAGGGACGGAGUCGCGGACAGCUGCGGGGACAGGCGGGCCCGGCCCCGCGUGUGGCCGCCUGGGAGCUGCGGGGUGCUGGGCGGCCCCACGGCAGGUGCCCCAGAGAGGGGAUAGACAUAUGCUUAAAACAAUUCCUAGGAAAGUGCAGAGAGGCUGUACACCUGCUUUUUUACUCAACUGUUUCGAAUUAGGGCAGAAACUAUUUUUUACAUCAGCGAGUUAAAGCGACCAUAUUAGAAAAUUUUACUUGCCCUACACGCCAUUUCUGAACAUUCAGUCUUCACUUCCUCUGGUAGGACUUUUUAGAAGCGUGACUGGAAUCCUCAGACACGCUCUUCUGAGCCGGACGGCGCAGGGUCGCUGCGUCAGCCUCUAGCGGUGGCUGAGGACGGUGCGGUGGACGCUCGACCCUCCACCCAGGGUCUCCGCAAGCCCAGAUGGACCGCGAGGAUGCACAGGAGGCGCACAGGACCCCAGAACGAGCUGAGAAUUCCAGGAACCUCAAACUCGCUUUUAUUCAUGAGUACGUGGAUGGUCUCAGACUUACACAAUUUACAUUUGUUUUUUCACUUUUGAAAGUCAAUGGGGCCAAUUUGUGGAUACGAGGUGGUGAGAUAAGAUGACAGGUGGAAUACAUCUUAUCUCCAGUUCGCAGGAAGAAUCCCAGCAAGUAUUGGCUUAUUAGUUUUAAGGGCUCGAGGAUUGGGCCAAAUAGGAGAAAGUGGACCAAAUCAGACUUUCCAGAGGUCAACGUCGAGGCCUCUUUUUCUCCAUACUGCAAUGUGAGCUAAAGCCUUCCUCUUUAGGUUGAAAAUCUGUCCUUAACACAAUUAUUUGUAAAAGGUAGAAGUGCUUUUUUUUUUUUUUUAAUCAUUAAAACUGUUAUAAAUGAAGAAUACGUUAGCUAUGUGCAUUUCUCUCUGGAUUCUGCUUGGAUGGGCUGGACUGGUUUUUAGAGGUAACAAUAUGUUAACCGAGGUCGUCUUAACUUUAUGGCUGAGGUUUAAAUUAAUCAAGAUUUGAUUUGCCCAUAGAAAGAUCAUCUAGUCAUGUGAAGUCCAUCUCUUUGAUCUUUUGUGACAUCCUCAUCCAAGACCAAGAAGUGCCUUUCAUUUGUGUGUGUUUCACUUCCAAGCAUCAACGUCUGCUGAAAUAACAGAACACUGGCUUCCCUACGCCAUCAUCCAUCAGUCACUCAGAGAACUUUCAACUCCUACUAAACAGUAGCAAAAAUUGUGCAUGAAAAACACAUCACUCAGCAAAAUCCAGAUUGUUCAAAUAAAAAAUUGAAAAUUGAAAGCAA